AUGGUCGACACACAGACGGACAGACAGUCGGAGAGACAAACGGAAUCUCAGGCCGAAUGCCCGCCCAUACAAAUGGAGCCAGUGGACCUGUCAAUGGGCAAAAAUUGUCCUGGUAAAACAUCUGGCACUAGCCCCGGGUCACCACCGGCACGCUCCGGUGCCCGCACGGGCUCACCAUCGCUGGCCGCCACCCUUUCCACCGCCACUCCCACCUGCAUUGAUUUGCGGCUCAAAAAGACUGAUACUGACUUUGGAUACUUACCAGGGUCCAAAUUGGAAAUGAUCGCGCAACUAGCGUAUUUACAUCGCCGCAACCAACACAACCACAAUCACAACAACAUUAACCAUAAUCAUCGUAAUAAUAGCCAUAACAAUCAUAAUAGCGGCCACAUGAACAACACCAACAACAAUAACCAUCAUCAAAAUAACAUCACCAACAAUAGCCAUAACCAUCACACAAGUAGUGUCGGACUCACCCAACAGUCCCACCUAUUCAACAGCCACCGGCACAGCCAUAACCAUAAGGACAGUCACCAUCACCGGCGACAGUCUCAUCAUAAUAGUAACCAUCAUAAUAAUCAUCACCACUCGUCGGCCGCCGCGGCAUCGGCUGCCGCGGCCGCAGCGGCGGCCAGUUUACUGCAUCGGCACCACAACGGGUCGGCCAUUGCCACCGCUGUGGCCGCCAAUGGUUUGUUAGGGGCUGGAGGUGGUGGGGGUCGGAUACCCACGUCGCCCAUAUCGCCCGCGAUGGCUGUCCCCACGUCACCAUUGCUCGGCUCAUCGGCACUGGCCACAACAACAGCCGCGGCCGCAAUGCUCAACGGCGGCGGUGCGGGCAUCGGCUCACUGGCCAACGCCAGCAACUCACUCAUGUCGGGCGCACUGUCCUCGUCGGCGGCCGCGGCGGCCGUCAUAUCGGCUGCCCUACAGUCGCACACGUUGUCCACCGGUGGUAAUCAUCACCACAACAACAACGGCAACCACACCGGCAGUGCCUCAUCACCGCCGGGAGCGCUGGGCUCGGGCGGGGCCGCCGACUACUACACGGAAAGUUUGCGCCGACGGAAAGUGCAUAAAUGCGAUUUCGACGGAUGCGAAAAGGUUUACACCAAGAGCUCACAUCUCAAAGCCCACAAACGCACCCACACCGGUAUGUAG